AUGACCCAGUCCGGCACCCGUAGACUUACCGUAAAUCUAGACGUGUACUUGCAGCAUUGUUAUGUAGUUUCAUCAGAAUCGUGAAAAGCGAGUGUUUACAACUCGACUCAGAACUCAGCGAUAGUGUUCCUCAUCCGACUGACCUUUAAUCCUUACUAAUGUGUUCGUGGCAUAAUGUCGUCAGAUUUAAUGUUAGAUUUCGUAAAUCCAUCGAUACUGAAUAAGGAAGCGGGGGAUAUGUCCAUCGAUCAGGAUGGAGAGUGGGAUAUCAGUUUGUUUGAUGAGCUGGAAGAUCUUGGGGAUGCUGAUGAGCUUCUGGACGCUCUGGUGGAAAGUGUAGGCUAUGACAUACCUGUCCCUGACCUGAACUUUGACAUUGAGCCCCCAGCGUGGAACUCCGAUGGCUGGAAAAACGGUAGCCCUCGAUCAGAUGAUGAUAUAACCGUGGACUCGAUGUCACCAAACCACACACUCAGUUCAGUGUCCUCACCAGCGUCAGUGGAGCCCCACUCACCGUGCUCCACACAUGAUGAGGCACUGUCUCCAGUCUCGUGGCAUUCUCAGCCCUCUCCGCUGUCUGUCUGCUCUGACUCAAGUGGCUUUGCUGAGGCACCUGCUGAGACGAAGACUUCCAAGAGGACCAGUCAGUCAAAAGCAAAGCCUCUCCAGCCAGCGAAGAGGCCCAUUCAGUUUAGCCCCAAGGUUUCCAUUCAGCCUAAACCACUUAUUACCGCGGUACCCAUCUCACAUGCUGCGGCCCCCCUUCAGACUAAGACCAUCAUCAUCCAGCCUCUUCGGACUACAGUUCUGCCUGUAGUAAAACCUCCACCGGUCACCAUUCAACAAGCACCCCCUACAGGUCAGCGAAUGCUGCUGUCUCAGCCUACGCGGGUUGUCCAGCUUCAGACGCCUCAGGCAGUGCCCACACAUAUAGUCACAGUGCCAACACUGGCUCAGAACCGAUCCGUCUCUGUUGUUGCACCGGUAACAGCAUCUCCUGUGGUUGCCAUGACACUGCCGAAUUCCACCCCUGAGGAUGAUUCAAGUGCGUCUCGGAGACAGCAGCGCAUGAUAAAGAACAGAGAGUCUGCUUCUCUCUCCCGGAAGAAGAAAAAGGAGUAUUUGUUGACGCUGGAGGCCCGUUUGAAGGCGGCGCUGUCAGAGAACGAGAAGCUGAAGAAUGAAAAUGGCACAUUGAAAAGACAAGUUGAAGGCCUGAUGAGUGAGAACUCUGUGUUGAAAGCAACUGCGCCAAAACGGAGAGCUGUGUGUCUUAUGGCAGUCAUGGUCUUCCUGGUCUUUAAUUUGGGUCCAAUGAGUCUGCUUGAAGGAGACAGAGGGUCUACAUUUCCUGCUGCCCCUGCGUUCAGUGGUAGACACCUGCUGGGCUUUUCCCCAGAGUCGGAGAGAAACUUGGAGACAGACAGUUCUCAGACUGAUCCCUUUAACCCUGUGAACAGGUUAGAGGAUGUGGUAUCGGAGCAGAAGGCACUGAUGGUGGGGAAGGAUCCUCUGUAUUUCAGAACUCCUCCACCCUGCCAGCCACCUGUCAACCGGACCAAGUGCAUGAAGAUAGCGCAUGAGCUGAGGGGCUGGGUACAUCGUCACGAGGUUGAACAGACCAAAACUCGGCGCAUGAGCAACAGUCAACACAGAGGCAGAACCAUCCUGAAAGCAGCUGAUAAACGGUAUGAGGUACCACAGAUCAUGACACAGAUCCAGUACACGGAUUCCUCUGAAAAGACUCCCAGCAGCGAGCUGCAGGUGUAUUACGCCCCUCACCGCACCUACAAUGACUUCUUUGAUGAACUCCACAGAAGAGGGGACACAUUCUACGUGAUCUCUUUCCGCCGGGAUCACCUCCUUCUUCCCGCCACCAACCACAACAAAGGCAGCCGCCCUAAGAUGUCUGUGGUUCUGCCAGCUAUGAAUUACAAUGAGAGCAUCAUUAAAGACAAAGAGUUUGAGUUGAUGAUGCAGAUCGACUGUGAGGUCAUGGAUACCAGGAUACUCCAAAUCAAGUCGUCUACCAUUCCACCCAUCUUGCUGGUCAAUCAGAGAGACUCUAUAUAUCACGCGGCCCCCAACAACAACCAGCCUGCGGCCCCCGUCGGUGUCCUCAUGGGGUCAUCCUAGUCUCAGCUAUCUAGCUUAUCAAUCUCGUUUUGUUGUGAAUUACCUGUUUUUUCACCAUCAUCUAGUUUGUUACAUAAUUAGCAUUUUGUGUUCAUUUUUGUGUCUCUUCUCUUCCUCAAGUGGCCAACCAGGGUCUUAGUAAUCAAU